CCUGUAUAAUCAGCCAUUGACUUCCCUCUGUCGAGAAGCCGGAGCUACCUGCGAGCCACACCAGGGUCACCUUUCCGCUUUCUGCUCUUUCACUUUCUUUACGGGAACAUUUGCUUUGUUUCUCUCAGUGUUUUUUUGUGUGUGUGUGUGGGUGUGUGUGUGUUGUUUGUGUUUCCGCGUCGCUCCGCCUGCCAGUCAGAUAUUGACCAUUGAGGGACAGAUGACAGUGACAGGCAGGGUGUUGGUAGCUGGUCGGUGAUCAGCGAUAACUGGGUGAAGGCGGCUGUCGGUCGCAGAUAAAACGGACAAUAACCGUCUAAACUCGACAAUGAAACGGCAACAAGCUCAACAACUGAGCCGUUAUGGAGACGGUAUGUUGACCUAACGGCUGGGGGUCUAACGUGCUCUGACUUAUCUCUCCAAUGCCAUACUUUCUUUAUUUUGUGUCUAAUUUAGUUCGUAUCUAGUCAAUAACGUGACAACUUGGACGAUGAGGCUUUUAAUGCACAUGUCAGGAUGCGCACGCGGAGUGCAUUUAUCAAAACUGAGGCUAACGCGGCCCAGGAUGUCAUGGCUGGAGCACCGCCUGACCCUCUCAGCUGCCCCCCGCAGGAAGACGCAGUCGACCGGGGUCACGUCCUUAGACCAUCCGACACGCAGGCCCUUCACGCCGGUUCUGCCCUACAGCCCAUUUAGGGGUCUCUCUGUGCUCUGGACACACACCUCCACCUCGAUAGCCCGAGCGCCCACAUUCACACACACACCUGUUGCCUUCGCCAGCUCCUCAGCCCCCUCCACACCCCCACCAGCCGAACCAGAGAAGACCCAGACGGACAGAGAAAAAACUCCAACCAAGAUCUCACUGGAGGAUUUGAAAAGGAUUGUGGGACUUGCUCACCCGGAGAGAUGGAGACUGGCAGCUGCUGUAGGCUUCCUGACCAUCUCCAGCACAGUGACCAUGUCUGCUCCAUACUUCCUGGGUAAAGUGAUUGACACCAUCUACACAACUACAGCAGACACAGAGAGCAUGACAGCCUCCCUGACAUCAUUGUGUGUCAUGCUGUUGGGGGUGUUUCUGUGUGGUGGUGCAGCUAAUGCCGCCAGAGUCUACCUCAUGCAGAUCUCAGGUGAGCAGAUUAUUCGUAAUCUCCGUGCCGCCGUCUUCACCUCCAUCCUCAGGCAGGAAGUGGCAUUUUUUGACAAGAACAGGACUGGCGAGCUUAUCAACCGCCUCUCCUCUGACACAGCCGUGGUGGGCAGCUCGAUCACAGACAACCUGUCAGAUGGGCUGAGAGCUGUCGCCCAGGCAGCUGCUGGUGUCAGCAUGAUGUUCUAUGUGUCCCCCAGUCUUGCAGGCUUUGUGUUGUUGAUUGUUCCCCCUAUAGCCGGUCUUGCUAUAGGCUUCGGAAGAUACAUUCGCGCCAUCUCCAAACGCACGCAAGACGCACUUGCACAAGCCACACAGUUGGCAGAGGAGCGUAUCAGCAACAUGCGGACAGUCAGGGCUUUUGGUAAAGAGAUGUCAGAGGUCAACAAAUACACAGAGAAGGCAGACUAUGUCUUUAGCCUGGCCAGGAAGGAAGCUGCACUACUAGCUGGGUUCUAUGGAGUGACUGGUCUCAGCGGUAACAUCAUGAUCUUGUCAGUGCUUUACAAAGGAGGCCUUCUCAUGGCCAGCCAGCACAUGACUGUGGGAGAGCUGUCAUCGUUUCUCAUGUACACGUUCUGGGUCGGCAUCAGUAUCGCAGGUCUGAGUUCAUUCUACUCUCAGCUGAUGAAGGGUUUUGGAGCAGGAUCCCGACUGUGGGAGCUGCUGGACAGAAAGCCUGAGUUUCCUCUUGAUGAAGGCCUAGAGCUCCCUGUGGACCAGCUGAAGGGUCGGCUAGAGUUCUCCAAUGUUUCCUUUGCCUACCCGACCCGUAAGGAGGCUCCUAUUUUCCAGAACCUCAGUCUGCUGGUCCCAGCUGGUACCAUCAUGGCCGUGGUAGGAUCCAGUGGGUCUGGAAAAUCAUCCCUGGUCUCGCUGCUCCUCAGGCUGUAUGAUACUGAUGCUGGUAUCAUCACUAUAGAUGGCCAUGACAUCAGGGACUUAAAUCCCUAUUGGCUCAGGAGCCACAUUGGAACCGUCAGCCAGGAGCCAGUGCUGUUUUCUUGUUCUAUCAGGGAGAAUAUUUCAUACGGUGCUGUGGACCCAGGCGCUGUGACCACAGAGGACAUCUACAACGCAGCCAGAGUGGCCAAUGCCUAUGAUUUCAUCCAGGCUUUUCCUAAGGGCUUUGACACCAUAGUUGGAGAGAAAGGAGUGCUGCUGUCAGGUGGUCAGAAGCAGAGGAUAGCAAUAGCCAGGGCUCUGCUCAAGAAUCCUAAGAUCCUGCUUUUAGACGAGGCUACCAGUGCAUUGGAUGCUGAGAAUGAGUUCCUGGUGCAGGAGGCCUUGGAGCGCCUGAUGGAAGGGAGGACAGUCAUGAUCAUCGCUCACCGUCUCUCCACCAUCCAGAAUGCGAACUCCGUGGCUGUACUAGACCAGUGCCGCAUAGCCGAGUGCGGCCAGCCCACAGAGCUGCUAGGCAACAGGGAAGGACUGUUCAGAAAACUGAUGGAGAAACAGGCGUUUCUACAGGAAGAACAGAAACGAGCCCUGCUCUGAGAGGACAGGGAGCACAGAGGAGUGGAAUAGGAGGAGGAAGAAAUCUGGGAGGAGAGGUUGAUGACGGGAUAAAAAAACUGCUUUGCUCCAGGAGGGGUUGAAAUGCCUCUUAUGCUAAGAGAAGAAGGGGGAGGGGGAUAUUUUGCAUGGAAUGGAGAGAGAUGGAUAGAAGCUGAAGGAGAACAGAACUUUCCAUGUGGAAGCCACUGAGAAACAUAAAGGGAUUUUCUUCAAUGCUUUGAGUUUCCCUUCACUGCUGGAAUGACUAUAUGACUAAGAAGCACCACAUAAAGAGCUAUUUUUUCAGAAAACACAGGGUAAUCCACAGUGAAGAUCUAAGAACUGAAACAUGGAUCACUGACGUACGAGAAAUGCUUCAUUCUGAAAAUAUCAAAUCCUGCACUGAAAAAACUAGACACAAGCGUGAAAAGGAGACCGGAUGAAGACGGACACUCCUCACACUGGAGGCUCAUAGCCAACAUGUUCUUUAAAUCCCCUGUCACUGCUGUAGCUUUGGGGUUAAGUCCCAAUCCAGUUUGAAAUAUUCAGACCUGUGACAGGAAUGUGCAGAAAUGUAAAUGACCUAAUGAAUCUGGUGCAAAUGACAAACCUCUCUUUCAUUCUCUGCUGUGGGACACUUAAGUCUGUGAUCACUUUUAAUGAUCUUCAUUACCAAACCAAAAAUAGUAUGUUGGAUUUUUGUAUUUGUUUAUAUAUUAAUGCCUGUGUAUUGUUAUUUUUUUUAACUUGAAGCUAACAUGCAGAACCUUUUUCAGUCAUUUCGGAGUUUAAACAUGCCAAAUGAAGCAGCUAUUCAUCGUGUUUACACUGUGCUGUAAAACAGGAGUAAACAUUAUUCUGACAUAUCUUGACUAAUGUUUGUACAUUUGUCAGGGGAAAUAGUAGUGAUAGUCCUGGAAGUCAAAGCUGAGGUGCCACGCAUCCAACAAAAAAUGACAAGGGACUCGUUACAGUUAAGAUUCAGUCAUCCUUGCUUUAGAUUUAACUGACAGCCCUGAGACUGCUAAAUAUAACCAUCUGUGUAUGUCAAACAAAAGGAAAAGUGCAGUAACUUAAAGAAAUCCGAUUGAGGCCUGGUGAACAUCCUCUUCACUGGAAGGUGUUCCGCUGCACCAGAGGAGGAAAGAUCCUGGAGGCAUGUUCAAAGUCAGAGGUGCUCUGUGUCAUGUUCACUCACUCUCUAAAAUCACUGCAAAUGAGAGAGUAAUCUUACUCAAGCUUCUUGCUCUAAACCCCAAAUUUUAGAAAAACAGAAACCAACAUUGGAAUUUAAACAUGUGAGUGCACAGCAUUUCUGACUGUAUACUGUUCACCACUGUGUCUCAGUCUGUGUUUCAUGUUGUCAAGUGUGUACUGGAUAUCCACUUGGCCUGCAUUAAAUUCUAUAUAAACAGCCCUUAAACCACGUACAUAUCAGCCUGAGCGCUGUUCAGCCAGCUAAAUAUUAUAGCUGGCUUGGAGAGUCUGACUAAGAAGUAGUGAUUCUCCUCAGUAAAUAUUUGGCUUGUAACUGCCCACCGCACCACUCAGGGAGAGUCUAAAGCUGAGAGACUGUUUGAGAGGGUUUUUUUUUCUUGUUACACCAGACAUGCAUGUGCCUUGAGCUUUACUUCUUCAUAACUACAGUGAUUUUACAGUGAGCUCAGAUCUGCACUGUGUAGCUGGGAACACUUGAUUUGGUGCCAGCUCAAGUGCAUUUAACAGAUUAUUUUACCACAAGGACUUUUUAAUGGCUCAAACACAGUGACAGUACUUUGUGUGUUGUGGAAGGACUUUGUGGUACAUCACUUAGAUGUAAUAGUUGGAGAAAUAUAACAGCAUAUAAUCCCAAUGUUUUCCCUGUGACAUAUAUCUCCUUUGACCACUUGUGCACAUUUCUCUGAAGGUUUCACAGCAAGUGGAAAGGUUUUUUGUUGUAUGAAACUUGAAUCACUGUGGAUGUAACCUUUCAUUCAAGAUUUGAAGGCAGUGAUGCAUAGAGCGUCAGGAUCCACUGAUACAACAUCGAUCAGUGGUAAUCAGCCAUUGUAAGAGUCUCACACUAUUGUCAAGUCAGUUUUUAUUUAUAUAGCACCAAUUCACAACAGAAGUUAUCUCAAGGCACUGUAUUGUACUGUAUUGUCUGUAUACCACAGUCCUCACUCUCUGAUUUUAUAUGUUUAUUUAUUACAGUGUAUAGACUGUAUAUCAGUCAACGUGUCCUUUACAAGAUGAUUUAUUAUGGACAUAUGAAUUUAUUUGUUCUUUUUGUUAUUUCACCUAAAGGGCAAAUAGUUUUUACUUGAAUCAUGAUAGAUUUUCAUGUCAUCACGACAUGUUAGUCUAUAUUUCAAAACUAAAUCCCACUUCAAAUGAUGCCUUUAACCUUGUUUCUGAAUGCCACAUGUCCAGAUUUGUUUUAUGUGUAGAGUGUAGUGGUCCCUCCACCCUCCAUCACUUCACCUCUCACUCCGGUCUAUAGUAACAGCUGAAGUUGUAUGAAAGUUUUAGUUGAUAUUGGCUCUAUGUCUGAUUAUAAUUCACAGAUGACAGCUAACCUGUAUGUUAUGAGUUAUAAAUAAUAUGACCUAAAUGAUGUACAUGUAUGAUAGAUUUUUAAUGAUUUUUGUGUUAAAUUAUUAUACUUACAUAUAAAGACAAUAAAGUGAAAAAUUAAGA